GCCCUUCCACCUAUCCAUGUCAUCCUUUUUUAUUCUCCUAAUUUUCCCUUUCCUCUUAUUUUGUCUCAUUCUUUCCUCUGCCACUGUCCCAUCUCCUAUUCCUCUCUCCGUUUCUUCUGCUCUCUGUCUUCUUCCCCUCUCUUUCUUCCACCUUCCUCCUCCUCCCUCGCUCUCCUACAUAGAGCCCCCUCACGGGCCCUGCUGCUGUCAUUGAACCUGUUGAAGUUUGCUAAUUAAGAUCCCAUUCAAAUUCAUCAUACCAUUUGGACAGCGGUCCAGCAGACACAGGAUAAGAGGGCUCCUGUCACCGUGACAACGGGCGCUAAUGGAGACUGUGGACUGGGCGGAUGGGUGGUGAUGAUGCUCCUCCUCCGGACUGGGCGGAUGGGUGGUGAUGAUGCUCCUCCUCCGAGCUACUUAACACCAUGGCUUUGAUCUGGCCUGGCACUCACUCCUUCUGUCCUGUCUGCUCACUGCACAGCUGAGACUGAGACUGGGCUGUGUUAUCUGAUCUGGGUCCAGACUGGGAGAAAGAGGAUAAGAGAGAGAGAAGAGGAGGAGAAGAUGUCUACAGGCUGUGUGAGGUCGCCCCCGGAGACAGCGGAACACAGACUGACGGGUGAACAGGAACACCACUAUCAGAUGGUGGAGCCUGUGAGGACCCUGCUAGAGGAGGGGGCAGGGAUGACCAGAGCUGUGCAGGGGAAACACUGUCCUGAGGCAGUGCACCCCGAGGAGCAGCCAGAUGAGCAGGAACUGAAGAAACCACGCAGGAAAGACACGCCCGUCCUCAACACUCCUCCACUCAUACCAGGUGUGAGGAUGGUGAAAGGAGAGAAGAGAAUGAUUCACAUGGAGGAUGAAGAGAAGGAUGGAAAGAACUAGAAGUCAUUGGAGGAGAGUUUCUUGCCUACAUUUUUUGUUGUUGACAUUGUUGUUUUCAGUUGUCAUAUUACUAAUAUGUAGCCUAUACAUGUUAAUUAAAAGUAGCUCUACAAUGUG